CAAUGAUGUUAACCAUGGUUACCCGUUCACGGCGCGUCUGGCAAGGAGUGGUCCCCCGUGAAGUGACUCUGUUGUGCAACAGGUUGCGGUGUCAAGCUAGAAGUCUCAAGGCUGCCUCUCUAUCGCACAGAAAUAUUUCAAGUGGAAAUACAAGUAGAAGACACCUCGCGGACGUUGCUGUUUUCUGGGACUAUGAGGAUUGCCCAUUAUCUUCAGGUGAAGGAGGAGUGUCCAUUGUACGUGCGCUCGGGCAAUAUGCUAGAAGUAUGGGCGUUGUCUCCAGUUUUCGCGCAUACAGUCGACUCGUGCCUUUGAGCGCCAAGAGUGCGAUGAUGCGCAGAGGCGGCGUCACUAUAUGCGAUUGCGCUUAUGAUAAGAAAGCAGUUGUUCAUAGCUCCAUGAUCGCUGACAUGUUCCGGUGGACCUUCGACCGGCCGGCUGCUGAUGCUACAAACAUCAUGGUAGUCAUUACAGCAGGCAGCAGCUAUGCUGAUGCAAUCUCCACAUUGUCGCUCAGCGGUUACAUCAUGGUCGUGUUUGCUCCCCUUUCGGCGCACGAGAAGUUGAGAGAGGUACAAAGUGCUGCGUUAUUAGAAUGGACAGAUGCUUUAUUCGUGAAGGCGCAUGCUUCGGAACAGGAUUCCUCCAGGCUGAAUGGUCCCAACCAUGAGCAGGAGAAUCCUCUUGUGCUUGGAAAGAACAUACACUUUUUAUCAUCAACAUUUUCAUCAACGAAUGGACAGCAUGCCUCGCUCUCUACAAUCACGCCUGUCAAUGUGGGCGCGGUAUCGACAUCGCACCCCCCAGCCAACAUACAUACGGAACACUCUCUGCAGUCAGAGCAAUAUCCACACUACUUCAAUCCCCUCGUGCAGAUCCUGCGACAACACACACAGGGAGAUCAAUUCAUGUGGUUCCAACAGGUUGCGUCUGCACUUCACGUUGAUUUGAAGAAUAACGAUGUAUACAAGCAGGCCGGCGUCGACAGCUUCACAAACUACGUACACAUGGCGCAUCAAGCCAGGGUCAUCAUUGAUGACGUGAAUAAGUUGAUGGGGAAACGCUACUUACGUUUGCAUCCUCGUUUGCGAUGAUGUGACUUCCGUGCAUAAGGUUCCUUGGAAACAUGCCUGUAGACUCAUUUCUCCAAUGAUCCAAUACGCCCCGGAGAUUGGGGUGUUUCGACGACUGCGGGAUGAAUGAUCUAGGAGUACAGUCCGAGUCAUGCGGUGUUGAGAAAUAGCGUAGUAUCACCACCCUUUUGAAUAUGCCUUAUGCAGCCCGCAUGUCCCAUAUUUUUGUAGUGCAGUUGCGAAUGACUUGGCGCACACUCGAAAGGCU